CACUGCCUCAUCACAGAACGCGUCCACGAAUACUCCGGUGGACAGACGCCGCAUUGCUGCGUGUUUGCCUCACACAUACAAGCCAACUCGGCACACACGACACACACACGCACUCGACACGAGCAUGUCCGCGCAGUCCGGCGACGAGCUCGGCUCGGAGGCCAAGUGGUUCGGUGACGACUACGGGCGCAUGUUUGGCAACGCGGCGGCGCUAGGAGACGAAGUGAAGCCGAAAGGCGGCGAGACGUCCGACGACCUGGAUCCACAAUUUCAUCCGUACCAGGACGAUGGGAAAAGGCCCCCUGUUGCUAUGGAAACUGCAUCUACAGGUGACCCAAUGACAGGCCUAUUUAGGAAGCCUAUGAAUGAUGAUGGUGACGUGUACACCUCCUUGCUGUCCAAUCAGAGCUUUACAUCAGGUCAAGAAUCUUCCUACCUGUCUGACAGCGUGGAAGCUUCCUCUGCAUCCCCCGGCCUGGACCACUUCUCCACUGACCCGUAUGACUUCAGCUCCAGCACCAAGACCCUGUCUGACCUGUCCAACGACAUGCCCAAGUCCCUGAUGGGCUUAGAAAAGACAGAAUCCUACAACUACAUGGACAUAAGCCAUGGGGAUGAUCACCAUGAUCAACAGCAGGGAGCGCUGCACAGCCUGGUGGACACAGGGUUGACCAGUCGUGACUCACUGGGUAGCUACAUUGAUAAGAACCCUGGGAUAGAAGACGAGGAUGAAGAUGAGAAUCUAGGUCCAGCCCUAGGCUCCCACUCCUUCCCCUACGUGGAGGAGCCCUCUGAUGAGGAGCUGCCAGACUACCGCUCCUACCGGAACCUCGGAGGCACACCACAGUCAGCCAGCCCUGUGAAGAUCACCCUGACCGAGUCGCAGGCUCCGGCAUCCAAGGCCGAACCUCAGCAGCGUCCCCCUCCAGCCACUGGGUGUGACCGUGAAAAUGUGCUCAGUGUGGGCCUGCAGGGCGUCCCCACUGUGACUCUGUCAGAACCGGAGGAUGAGAGCCCCACCUCCACUCCCAACGCUUCACCUACACAGAGAGAUUUCCCUUCCCAUGAUGUGUUCAAGGCUGACGAAGUUAAGUCUGCAGCUCCCAAAUAUAGUCCAGGCCCACAAUUUGGGAGCAGAGACCAAGAUGGCAGCAGUGCAGAGUCUGGAGACUCCGAGAUUGAGCUGGUGUCCGAGGAGCCCCCCAAGGCCAGUAGCAACCCGUUUGCCGAGCCACCCAAAAGUAAGGGCACCUUCAAUCAGUCCAGCAGCCCCUUUGACAGCCCCCCAGUUGUUUCCAAGGUUGGUAUCGGGCUGGCUGGCAACCAUGCCCCACCUGCAGCCUACAGCAUUCUGCGUGAGGAGAGAGAGGCGGAGCUCGACAGCGACCUCUUCAUUGAGUCCGCAUCGGAAGAAAGUCCCAAAAGAGAGCAAGGUGUCGGAGGCCCUAAUGUGGGACCUGGCCCUCCCUCUCCCUUGGUUCCCAGUGUACCUAUUGCCCGCAGCACGCCUCAAGCUUCGUCAGCCGAGCCCUCGCCCAUGGAGAAGGUCAACGCCGAAGAGGAGCGCCUGAGCAAGCCCAAGCCUCCAACUGCUACUGUGCCCCCAGAGGUGCGUCUGGACAAGUUCAAUCUGGAGGACAAGAAGCUCAACGAAGGCAAAGUGGAUCUUGGGAAAUCGGCUGCUGCCUUCCUACUGGAAGGUUUGAACAAACAAAAAGCUAUUGACCUGCUCUACUGGAGGAAUGUGAAGCAGUCGGGGGCCGUGUUCAGCAGCGUGCUUCUGCUCCUCUUCUCCCUGACCCAGUUCAGCGUGGUCAGCGUUGGAGCCUACUUAGCCCUGGCUGCUCUCUCUGCCACCAUCAGCUUCCGUAUCUACAAAUCUGUGCUCCAGGCUGUUCAGAAAACUGAUGAGGGGCAUCCUUUCAAAGGCUACCUGGAGAUGGAAAUUUCUCUAUCCCAGGACCAAAUUAGCAAAUAUGCUGACAAAAUCCUCAUCUACACCAACACCUGCAUGAGGGAGCUGCGCAGGCUUUUCCUCGUUCAAGAUCUAAUUGACUCUUUGAAGUUUGCUGUACUGAUGUGGCUUCUGACCUAUGUGGGCGCUCUCUUCAACGGCUUGACACUGCUCAUCCUAGCUGUGGUUUCCAUGUUCACUAUGCCUGUGGUCUAUGAGAAACACCAGGCACAGAUAGAUCAAUAUGUGGGACUAAUACGGACCCAUGUCAACUCUGUGGUGGGAAAGAUCCAAGCAAAGAUCCCCGGGGCGAAGAGAAAGGAGGAGUAGAUCUGCACAUCUCACACAGGAGGCUCGCUCACCCUUAAAGAGCCCGGUUAUCAUCAGAGGGGCGUCACGCUUUGUCAUCUUGGCAUUCUCGAAAAGCAUCCACUAGAGAAGCCUUCACCCUGUCUAGAGCAGUGUAAACACUAACAACACACAACCACACAUUCAUAACGCCUCUAGAUAGACAUGUUCACAACUCAAAAAGCUAAAGAGACAGGACUUUUUUGUGUUUAUUAUUCUAAAGUAAAAAGCAUGUAGUGGAGCCUUGGGUAAAUAUUUGAUAUCUUUGGUGCCGUUUUGAAUACCACGCUACAUUUUUGCUUUUGCAGUGCUUACCACAUUACCACAAAGUGUAUGGUGUGGCACCAAAACAAAACAAAAAAAAAAAAAAAACAAACAAACAAAAAAAAAAAAAAACCUACAGCUCAGUGGCCAGUCUUGCUCUGCUGCCAAUGUUCGCUGCUUCAUGUUCAAGUAAGCAGAUGGGGCUUCUCUCACACAAUUUCCUUUUGGUGUUUCCAAGCGCAAAGUAAUUUAAAAAUAUGCGUCUUAGAUGUGGUAUUUGUAGGUUUUUGCUUUUGUAUACCAAUAAGGAACAAUACACACGGUAAUGUUGUGGGUACUGUUGUACAACUACUAUGAAGACAAGGAGUAUCUGGUGAUAUCGAGCUUGUUUGAAUAACUGUCCAACUUUGUACUAUGUUCUACUAUACUGUGUAGUUCUCUAGACCCUGGACUCUUAACUAUUUGCACUUACACUAUGUAUUUAAUUACAAGAACAUGACAAAAUAAAUGUACUGUGAUGGAUAACA